AUGGCUGUUCAAUUUGAUAAGGAGAUUCAGGAACAAGUGAAAAGAAGUGGACAAGACAAAAAUGAUGAUCCAAUCAAAAUCAACCCCCAAACAACUGGUGUCUUCAAUGCUACAGAUUGCCUGAUUGAUAAUGUGAACGAUUUGUCUUUCUCCGGUACUGAUAAUGGAUUAGUAACCUUGUCGACAAGCGUGCUUUUCACUUCUCAACGCUUCCAAUUCUAUAUUCAACUGUACAAUCGUUAUCACGUCUUGCAAGAACCUGGCGUUGAUAUAAAAGAAGAAGAAACAGUUUUCUUGGACAUAUCACAGUCAAAAACUAUCAAUGCGAAUGAAAUUGAUAUAAAUUGUAUGCACAGGAAGAAUAGAAAGCAUCUAGAGUAG